CACAGACACAGAGAGGCCGGACUGCCUUACUUUCCCACUCAGCCCAGACGCGGAUUAGCCUGUCGGGGCUGUUAGCUAGAACCGCAGUGGAGCAGUAAUGGAGUACAGAACUACCAGCAUGGAGCAAGUUUGGAAGAACGGCACCGUGUUGUGUUAAACGGGUCUGAGUGCAGAGUGAACAUGGAGCGAGGAGAGGUGGUGGUGAUGUUGGCUGAGAUGCAACAGUGCCUGCAGCGGGAAGGUUUGGGUGCGGAAGCUUCCAGCUCUGACUGCCUGGUCAUGCUGUGGCGACUCUAUUUGGAAAAAGAAAACACUGUAAGGACUCUCUCUCAGGAGAUACAGGAGCUACGGGCUGAACGUGCUGCAGAGAUCAAGACUGUUCAGCAGUAUGUGGAGAACAUCCGGAGUCUCUCAAAAACACGGGACUCAGUGGCUCUAGAGCUAGAGCAGGAUAAUGAAAUGCUCCGCACCAAACUUGAUGACAUCAAUCUCCUGCAAGAAGCUCAGAAGAGUGAGAUCGAUGAGAUGUUGCUGCAGGAGGGCCUGGCCGAGGUGAUUCCCAGCAGCCUCAGCGAGCAGGUGGCUUACCUACUGGCAGAGAGAGCCUCUCUCCUGGAGAAACUUCAAGAGGCUGUGGACACUAAAGCCCUGCAAAAGUGUGCUCAAAACACCUUAACACAGAGUUCUGAGGGGAACCCAGACAAAGUGGUGUCGCUGCGAGGACAGAACCCUUGGAAGAAGCUCUUAGGGAUUAGGAAGGCUGCACAAACCAAGCAGAUAUUUACUCCUGUGGUCAAUGAGAGCAGUGGCAGUGGGGAGAAUGCAUUAAAAGAGCGUGAGCGCUGGUUGUUGGAGAGGGAUCUGGAUGAGGCCUCCAGCAGGCUGGACAUGGCCCACAAGGAGAUCCGCCGGCUCACUGAUGAACUGGAGUCAGCUCGCCUCACUCAGAGGGCCUACGAGCCAGAGCUGCAGGAAGCUCAGUUAGAAGUGGAGCAACUCAGACAGGAGGUGGAGAAGCUCAAACGCUGUGAUGUGGCUGAACUUCGCAGGGCUAAAGAGAUGAAUGAGGCCCUGGACGCGGAGGUCCGUCAGCUGAGGGACAGUGUGCACAGAAUGCAAACAGAGCGCUCCCAACUCCUUGAGCUGAUUGACUUCAAAAUUGAGGACUUGGACAGUGAGGACGAUGAUGUCCAGGAUUUCUUCCAGAAACUAACAAAGAGUCGUGCAGCCAGAACUGGCUCUCUGUCCAAAAGUAAGAAGAUGAAAGAAAAGGACGCUCAUAAAAGAUGCUGUACAGAGCUGGAGGAUCUAAAUCAGGCUGUUUUGAAGCUCCAGACUGAGCUCGAGGAGGAAAGGAUGCUGCAGAAGAAGACAGUGGAGGAGUCUAAUGGCCACAGUAAGAGGCGUGUGGCGGCAGAACAGCUGAAUGUGGAGCUCCGAGCUUUGUGUGAACAGAAGGAGGAAGAGCACAAGACCAAAGUCCAGCAGCUUCAGGAGAAGCUGGCGUCUCUGAACGCUGAACUGGGCCAGUUAAAGUCUGCCCUCCAUAAGCAGUGUGAGCAAGCCAGACAGCAGCACGAAGCUCUGCAGGUUCAAGCUGACCGGGCCAAGUCCCUCUCACAGUCAAAGGAGCCUCUGCUGCAGCAAGCUCAGACACAGUGCAGGCAGCUGGAUGAGGAACUGCAGAGAGUUCAGGAACUCCUGAAGAACACCAAGAAGGAGCUGCUCGCUCAGAUUGAGACAAGUGGCCACCUUCAGAGGAACAUCGGCAUCCUGGAGCAGGAGAAGCUGAGGGUGGUUACUGAGCUACAGGAGGCCCAGGGCAAAGUGACGCAACUGCGAGACAAAAAAUCAUCGCAGGCUGCCGAGCUCAAGACCCUGCAGCUAAAGCUCCAGAUGCAGCAGUCUCAGUGGGAACAAGACAAGUCCCUCUUACAGCAAGAACAAGAGAAGCUCAUUUCCACUAAGGUUCAGUGUACCUCCAUGGAGAAGGAGAUUAAAGAUCUCCAGCAACAGCUGAAGAGUGCCACCCAGCAGCUCCGUGUGGAGGAGGAUCGUAACGCACAGAACUCCGCACUGGAGCAGAAAGUCAGAGACAUGCUGGAGGAGUUCGAUACGCUGAAGAUCCAAGCUGAGAACGCUCAAAAGCAAAGGGAGCACUUGGCAGAGAGAGAGAUGGAGCUCCAGCAGCAAGUGCAGUCUCUGCUGACCACCAACACUCAGCUGACCAUUGCAAAGGCAGAAAUAAGUCGAGUCCAGGACCAACAGCACAAAGAGCUAAAUGAGCUCAGGCAGGUCAUAGCGAAGCUGGAGGACAAACUGAAGGGCAGUCAGCAGGAGAUUGAGAAUCUCCAGAUCCAACUUCAGCACGCUCACUUUAACCUGCACGCUCAGAUCAGCAAAUAUCAAGACAAGAAGGGUCGCCACAAAGAAAAGCUCUGUGACGCCAAAGAGGUGUACCUGAGAGAGACAGCCUGGAGAGAUGAAAACAUCAGGGAGCAGGAGAGAGAGCUGAGCGUCCUUGCCAAGAGGGUGGAGAAGGAGAGUGAGAUGGUGAAGAAGGUCACAGCUGAGAAUGAAGUGCUGCUUCUCAGCAAGAAACACCUGCUGUGUCAGCUGAACGAGGAGGAAGAGCGCAGAAGACACGCAGUAGCCACAGUCACGGCUCUUCAGCAGAGGGUGGAUUUUCUCGACAAAGACAUUGUUCGACAGCGGGACCUUAACAUGAUAAAGUCCAAGCAGAUGGGGAGGCUGGAGGGACUGCUGCAGGACAAGCAGUGUCUGAUCAGUACUGAGGACCUCAAGAAGUUGUCUUCAUUUGAGAACCGUAUCAUUGAGGGCUCAGAGCAGGCCAAUUGCAGUGAGAGGGGAUUCGAAACGUUUGACCUUCUCGCGAUCAUCCAGAAAACCAAACCCAGUCCAACAGAGGAGCCUGCAGCUCCGAGCCGAAGCCGUGCCUCAGAGAUGGACUAUCUGAACUGACCACAGGAAUCUACACACGCCCCUCGACACUCAACGCAGCACAAAAACAGCUGCAGAAGAGGACGAGCAACACUGAACAGCGUCGAAACCUGAAAUGAGUUUAUUUAAUGGACUCUCUGAGCAGCAUGGAUGACGUGUGACUGAUCUACACAGCACAAAGCACUUUUUCUUUCGUGGGCUGAUAUGUAUGUAUGCAGUGUCGAUUAUCUGCCAACAUUACGUAGGCUAUUUUGUACGGUACAUAUUGGGAUUUGUAAGUUUAUUUACUGCAUUUUGUUUUUUGAUAAGGAUUCUAUUUAUUGAAUUUUGCAAGCCAUGUUUAUUUAUGACGAGGCUGAAGCUGAGCAGUUUUUUAUUAUGUAUCAAUGGCUUUGUUCACAUUACAGGCCUCACUGCUCAAUUCCGACUUUAUUUCCAGAUCCAAUCUUGAUCCAAUCUUCACAUUUGUGUAGGGCUGUGAUGCACAUCUGUCAUUAGCGUCAGUGAAGCCGUGUCCUGACAUGACAUGAUUGAACCCAGUGAGUCAUGAACAACAAACUAAGCAGCAGAACAAGGUUUCACCGCAAGGUAAUCUGCUCUGAAGAGCUUUCAGCCGUUCAUUAUUAGAGCAAGAUAAACGAGAAGAGUCAGGUGCUUUUUCACCGUUUACUGCUGCCGCCACGUUAACGCAUGCAAAGUGGAAAAAAACCUCCAAUCUGAGCGUUCGGAUUAAUGUUCACACAUCGGAUAUGUAUUUAAUCUAGGACCACAUUUGAAAGGCCUUGUUCAGACUGCCAGCCCAAAUCGGAUUCUUGGGUUGUCCAGAUUGGAUUCAGAAUGAUUUGGGAUUGUCUGAAUAGCAAAAAAAACACAUGAAGCCCAAUGUUUGCAAAACAAAAACAAACCACAUGUGGAGGUGGUUUGAAAUGCGAUUCCAGUGCGUCUCAGUUUGGACGCUCUGGCCACUCAAAUCGUAUUUUAAAGUGUCUUUUUGCACCACUCACAAAGCAACAAACAACGAAGACAUCAGAUCCAGUAUUAUGGAAGUGCUGGGAUUCAAAAGAUGAAUUUUUAUGCCAAAGAAUUUUGAGGAGUUUUGAGGGCAAGAUGAUGCACCUCCAUCUCUCCUGCCUCACCAGCGUAGCUACAUAGUUAGACACCUAGGGGGGCAGUCAUGGGCUGGAGGUUAGGAGGUUGGGGAACCAGCCUUGUGACCGGAAGGUCGCCGGUUCAAUCCCCAGAACCGACAGCGAGCGCAUGA